AAAAAAAGAAUAGAAAUGCAAGCCCAUGAACAAUACACAUAAGCAUUCAAUCAAUUUGAACCAAACCAACAAUAAUUUGGAUUUGGUCAGUUUAAAAUAUAGUAUUUAACGUCAGGGCUCAGACUUGCCAACAAAACCACAUCUAUCUAUUUUGGUUGUAACUGUAACAUGUUGCAUGUGCUAUAGUUGUGCUUGUUUCGAACUAAAACACAUAAAACUCACCAAAUCUCUUCUUCACACAUUUCACUUUCACUUUGCCUCCCGUUCAUUCACUCAACAUAAUUUCCUCCUCUUUUUUUUCCCCCCUUUUUAACGAAUUUGUAAAGCAAUAUAUCAAAAUGGAGUUUCCUUAUCUGAAGAACAAUUCCGCGGUCCAAAAGGUCCCAAUCGUAGUUCUUCUAACAGCUGCAACAACAUUAAUCAUUCUUUCCAUUGUCCCAUUGAUUUAUUUCCCUUUGAGAAAUUAUCCAUCUACAUUAUUGAAGACUACUACUACUACAUCUUCCGAUGAACCCGCCGCCACCGUCGCGGCGCUCCACAGCCGCCUAGUGGAGGAGAAGGUUAUUAGGGUGGCGGAUGAGGAAGGCGGGAAGUGUGACAUAUUCGUCGGAGAAUGGGUUUGGAACCCGGAUGCGCCGUACUACACGAACACCACCUGUUGGGCGAUUCAUGAGCAUCAGAACUGCAUGAAGUAUGGGAGGCCGGACGAUGGUUUCAUGAAGUGGAGAUGGAAGCCUGAUGGUUGUGAACUACCUAUCUUCAAUCCUUAUCAGUUCUUGGACAUGAUGAGAGGGAAAUCCAUGGCUUUUGUUGGUGAUUCUGUUGGAAGAAACCAUAUGCAAUCCUUGGUUUGCCUCUUAUCUAGGGUUGAAUAUCCGGUGGAUGAUUCCGGCUUGGACGAAGCCGACGUAGAUGACUACUUCCGGCGUUGGAAAUACCCGAAUUACAACUUCACCUUAGCCGCAUUUUGGACAACAUACUUAGUGAAAUCUCAACAAGUGGGCAGCGAGAACCUAUUCAAGCUCUAUCUCGACGAAAUAGACGUAAAAUGGUCUUCCAAAAUGCAAGAAUUCGACUACGUGAUCAUCAACACCGGCCAAUGGUUUUUCCGGCCAACCGUUUACUAUGAGAAUAACCAACUUCUGGGUUGCCAUUCUUGUCAAAUGCCUAAUGUCACCAAACUCCCGGUCACUUUCGCCUACCGGAAGGCAUGGAAGACUGCCCUUAAGGCGAUCAGAACCAACAACAAUCGGCAGAGUGUGAUAUUUCUUAGGACUUAUGCGCCGUCUCAUUUCGAAGGCGGUGAUUGGAAUGAAGGAGGAAAUUGUCUUAGAAAAAGGCCAUUUAGGAGUAGUGAGAUUACUUUGGGGGGUGUAAGUUUGGAUGUUUACUUAACUCAAUUGGAAGAAUUCAGGGCUAUAGAAGAAGAAGGGAAAAAGAAAGGAUUGAGGUUCAGAUUGCUUGAUAUAACUCAAGCUAUGUUGUUAAGACCAGAUGGGCAUCCUAGUAAAUAUGGGCAUUGGCCUAAUGCAAAUGUGACAUUGUACAAUGAUUGUGUGCAUUGGUGUUUGCCUGGUCCCGUAGAUUCUUGGAAUGAUUUCUUGCUGCAAAUGUUGAAGAUGGAGGGCAGGAGAUCCUAUGAGGAAAAGAUCCAACCUAAGAGAAAGGAGAGAAGAUUAAUCAAUUAAGUGAAUGUUUAUUUGCUUGGACGUGAAUUUUAUUAACUCCUCAUUCACUUGUUUCAUUGGCUGAUUAUUCAUCUGGCCGCGCACUUAAUUAGCUGCAGAUUACCUAACUUUCUUGCCAUUGACGAGACGAGAAGGUAUUUAAAUGUUGCAUGAUUUGCGGAAUGGAGUCGAAGUGUGAUUGAAGAACACAAUGUAUUAUGUAAUAUUAAUUUUUCACCCCCAAUUUUUACUAAUUUAAGGUUAGAUAUUUUCACUUCUUUUACUGUACCAAAGAAAAAGAAAUUUCUUCCUCCCAUUGAAACAUUAUAGAUUUUCUUGGAUAUGUACGUAUACUAUCACCGGAAAAGGUGUAUCGUCCUUAUUUUGGACAUAACCUUAUGUAUAACAGAAUAUUAUUUUACUUUCAUUUGAGUACAAUAAAAGAGGCACACGUAAAUACUUUUUUUUU